GUUGGAAAGAAAAAUUUUCAUGAAACAUGGAAACAGUUUUGAACGGUACUGUAUUUUGUCACUUUUUACUGGAAACUGCUAAUAUUCCAUCCUAUAUUUGCUCGAGAUAUUUUGUAUAGAAAGUCAUCGCGAUGUGAAAAAGCUAAGAAUCUGUGAGAUAAACAAAUGGGACAGUGAAUAUAGAAACCCAGCGAUGAAGACAUUUGGAUUAUUAUAAGGCAACAAGAGUAUCAAUGCACUCCUCAAUAAAAUAAAGCCAGUUGUGGACCGACUAACAUUGAAAUACAAAAAAAUGUUUAUGCCUCCCACAAAUGUGCUGCAACUAGUUUUCCCAGAGUCUUGUUUUCUGGCACCAUCAGAAUCGUGGUACCGUGACAUCACCUCAGCAAGACCACUAAAAUUGUCCUCGCGAUAUAAGAUCGAACACAAAAGUGUGAUUAGAAAAAAUUCUAGCACAUGCUACCAAAAUCAGUAAACAUAAUUCUAGAACUUAAAGUAAAGAUUUUUGAAUUAGGAUGAAAAUCUAAAAUCUUGUACUUCAGAUAUCUACAAAAAGUAAUGAAUAUUUUGAAUUAGAAAUUUGAGACAUAAAGUGAACGUAUAUUUUGAAUUUCAAAAACUUUAGUACAUAACAUUUGGGCAGUUAAAAUAGCGGGGCAUGUAAAUUGAUUGUGGGGAAAUUGUACGACCUGCAUUGAAUCCGAGAAGCAAAUUUAAUUUUAAUUAAUUUUGCCAAGGAUUUACUGUGAAUUUAUCAACUUUAAUUAACAAUAACAAUAGUGUGGAUAUAAAUAAAUCAUAAGCAGUGAAAAUAUCAGCAAUUCAAGAUGGUUAAGCGAUUUAAAAAGUAUGAAGCCGGUGAAGGCGUUCAGUUUAUGUCGAGAUUAGCAGCACUUCAUAAAUUACAGCUGUCCUUGAACGACUUCCGUAGAUUAUGCAUUUUAAAAGGAAUUUAUCCAAGAGAACCAAAAAAUCGACGUAAGGCUCAAAAAGGUCAAACACAGAUCAAGAUUUUAUAUCACAAAAAGGAUAUAAAUUUCUUGUUACACGACAAAUUGAUAUGGACACUUCGUGACAUAAAGAUUAUGAAUCGUAGAAUUAAGAAGGCUGAUUCCGUUGGCGAUAUGCGAUUAAAGAGGAUGAGAAUUAACAAAUAUCCACAAUUACGUUUAGAUCAUGUUGUAAAGGAACGAUAUCCAACAUUUAUUGAUGCCAUUAAGGAUCUUGAUGAUUGCCUUACGCUGUUAUUCUUGUUCAGCACUUUCCCAGCUAUUAAAUGCGUCACACGAUCACAAACAACUUUAUGUCGUCGUUUAUCAGUUGAAUUCAUGCAUUAUGUCAUUGCUUCUCAAGGACUGCGUAAAGUUUUUGUAUCAAUUAAAGGAUAUUACUUCCAAGCUGAAGUUAAAGGCCAGCUUGUUACUUGGAUUGUGCCUCAUUAUUAUCCAUACCAACCACAGGCAAAGAGUGAAGUUGAUUUUAGAAUUAUGGCAAAUUUCGUUGAAUUUUACACAACUAUGUGUGGAUUUGUUAAUUUCCGUCUAUAUCACUCGUUAAAUAUAGCAUAUCCACCACAAUUUAAUGUCUCUAUAGAUUCGGAAGAAUCACAAACCGAUGAAACUACAUUUGUAUCUGAAAGAAUUGCUGCACUUAACUGUGAAAUUAAGAAAACAAACGAUGAGCAGUUUGAGGAACCAGAAGAAAUGGAUUUGCAAUUAAUAUCAAAUGAAGGCGAUUCCGAAAAGGUCAAAAAAAUGCAUGAACGUGAAAAGGCAUUAAAGAGAAAGAAGAAUUUAUUCAAAGGACUUAAAUUCUUCAUUAAUCGUGAAGUUCCUCGCGAACCUCUCGUUUUUGUCAUUAGAUGCUUUGGUGGAAAAGUAUCAUGGGAUAAAAGCUGCUUUGUCGGUUCUACUUUCGAUGAAGAUGAUGAAACAAUCACACAUCAAAUUGUUGAUAGACCAUCAAUAAGUAAACAAUACAUCAGCCGUGAUUAUAUUCAGCCACAAUGGGUUUUUGACUCUAUUAAUCAAGGAGUCUUGUUGCCAACAAAUAAAUAUUUCUUAGGAGUUACUUUACCUCCACAUUUAUCACCAUUCUCAAAUGCACAUAGAGAAAUCACUGAAUAUGUUCCGCCAGAAGAAAAAGCACUUCGUGAUCCAAAUUUAGUUGUCCAACAUGAAAUUUCCGAUGUUGAAAACGAGGAUGAUGAAGAUGGAUCAAAACAGACAGAAGGUGAACUUAAUUUAGCCUUAGUAAAUGCAUUUAGAGAAGAAAAUAAGCAAAUACGUGCUGAAAAUCAAGUAGAAGAAAAGGGAGGUAAGAAGAUUAUCGAACCAGAGAGUGAAAGUGACGAGGAAAUUGAUGUUACUGACAUGCUUGAAUAUUCUGAUGAUGAGAAUGCUGAAGUAGAAGAAAAGGAACUGACAAAAGAGCAAAAACGUGAAUUAGCUAAAGAAAAAAUGGCAGUUAAAUCAGGAAAUGUCUUUAAAGUUGACACUAAGAAGGAAAAGAAGCUCACCGAGCAGGAACUCAAGUUGCGAGCUAAAAUGGUCAAGUCACGACAUAAGAAACUUUAUCAUACGCUCCUUGAAAAGCGCGCAAAGGCAACGAAAGAGACAAAAUUGCUCGAAAAUAAGCGUCGACAAAUUGAUGAGACAAGGAAAAAAGUUCGUGCAAAGAAAAACAACGCAUAAAGCAGAACUUAAAGUAAUUUCUGUUACUCUUUUAUUGCAACCAUAUUAAUUCAUGAAUUCAACUUUUUCUUUAUAAUUAUUAAUGUUAAUUAUCUUUCUUAUCAAUUCUUAUUUUUAUGCAAACUUGGAUUCUACAGCAAAUAUCGUAUAAAACACCUG